UUUUGCGCUCGUUCAUGCUUCGACACUGUUCAGAAGCUGUUUUGGUUACCACUCUGAAAGACGCCAUCUAAAACAAACUCCAGUUUUCUGUGAAAAUAUCCUCGAAAAUCGAAGUUUCCCGCGAAACAUGCAUAGUGGAUUCAAAGAGGAACCACCCUUGGAAAUUUGCUUCCAAGAUGUGGGAGAAUUACCAAGCGCCGGUCCUAGCAGAUAUCGCAAACGACGGCUAUCGGCAGGUAAAAGUUCUGGGUUGCGACUUCCGGAAGUUACGGAGUCUUCUAUAGACGCGAUGAAUCGCCUCCUGCAGCACUGGGGCUUGGAAGCUCUAUCCGGAAGAUUUGCUGAACAUAUGAUUGACUUGAACGUAUUGGAUUACAUUCUGGAUGUGGAUAUCGUUGAUUUGUGCCGCGACAUGCCCAUUCGAUAUAGACUGGUGCUUAGGCACAAUCUGCAAAAUGGGUACCACAAAAACAUCUUCCUUGGCGAUCAGCCCGACAAACAACCGCAUACCAUCAUAACCUUCUCUAAAGAUCCGAAUGCUCUUAGUUCCAAUUCUCCGGAUCGAAGAAAGAAAAAGAAGAAGAAAUCUGCGGCUGAUUCUAUGGCUCACGACACCUUGGGAAGCGACAUAGAACCCUCAAGUUUCGUAUCAGUUGAAACGGCCGCGAAUAACAAUGAUACUUCUGGGACGGAAUCCGGCAAAGAAGACGAGUCAAUCCGAUCAAUUCUCCAGAAGGAACCUAAAUUCCGUUCGAUACUGAACACCCUGGAUAAGGGUCUUGUCCCGGAUCCUACGGGACUACGCCACAUGAAUCGACUGUUGGUCAACCAUUUCUUCGAGGAACGCAUAUUGGAAGAGGCCAGCUACCCAAAAAAACAGGAAAAACACGAGUUGGCCUUGAAAAUACUGGAGGCAUAUCCUCACCUUGAACAGACGCGCGUUACACCAGAUGCUCCCAAAGAGUCAUACUUUUUCUGGUUUUGCGGUGGCAAGGAAAAGGGACCCCACACUGGUCUGAUAGAGACCCGAUGCGCAAAUAUGCGCAAGGAAGUACCUCCGGAGCAGCGACGCUAUCAAAGAAAGGACAAGGGUGCGGUCGUCAACUACAUCCUACCGGACAGCGUUCGUGAGCACGCCACGGCAAUAGCCGCUAUGUCGCCGCUGCACGAAAACGAGGAAGCCAUUUCGAGCGGCAUGAAUGAAUGUAUCGACCUCCACUCGUGCAUACUGCAGCAAACCGAUUCGGAUCAAACCGAGGCACUGAUCUCAACGUUUCCACAUCUGCUGUCAUACCAAGGAAAAAUGGUCCAACAAGUUUUCCAGCGACUGCAUACCUUCUACGAAACAACCGCUCGAUCGGACAAGUUUUUGCUGUUGGGGCUACUGCUGGGUACCAAGGCAUUCAACAAUGUUGAAAACAAAUACAUCAGAGCCACGCUUCGAAUCAUGAAAAAGCUGGCCGGUAAAAAGGACGAGCCUGGUGUGACGUCUAGCGAUGAGGCCGAAGCGUCGCCACUCAUCAGGUGGAUAAAGCCAUUGGAAGAUGAAUCGGAAGCUGAUGCCGUCCAACGUCACGUUUCAAAGCUGUCGUACCUCGCUCCUCACAUCGUUUGCGUGGCAGACGUUUUCAGCGAAGGAAACAUGUUUGUAGUUUUCCAGGGAAGGUACAUUGAUUGUGGACAAUCUGCUGCCCACACGCUGGAUGUAUUUUUCAAACUGUUUGCCGUAUUUGGCAUUACUGUCCCGGUCUUGCUUCGAAGGGUGCACGAGCUGCUGACGGUGUACUUAUGGAAAGUUACCAAUAUCUGUAAGUCCGCCGCCGUUACAAAGCUCGUGACGAAGCUAAAGGAACUGGAAAUGGCUAACGAUGAUGACGACUACGAGGACUUGGAUGACUUAUCUUAGAGAUGAGAAAUAAUAACUUUAAGAAACCUUGAUGUAAAUGUUGUUUAUGCGUACCUCAAUAAAACUAAAGGGAAACAAAUGAAACUAAAUAA